AGUAAAAUCUGGACAAAUGCCGUCUCAGAGCUGAUAUUAGCUAUAGUGUAUUAUAAAGUAUUUUUGGCGGGAACGAUUAAACACCCCAUUUCAUUUGGCAGCGGCUAAUCUUUCACUAACUAUUCAAACUCGUUCAAAGUUAAAACGGACUCAGAAUUAUUACGAUACGUCUAAUAGGGAAGUGCCGUAAAUAUUAGCGACUAGGGAGUAAAUUUGGAGUAAAAGAGUUUUAUCGGCUCAGCUGGUUAGUUUGUUGGCAUUAGCGCGCUAGCAAUAGCAAUAUCUUGCUAGUUGAGUUAACCCUUAGCAACAAGAGAGAAAUGUCAGCCGGGAAGAUGUGUAUCAAGAGGAACAAGGAGGAAACUGCUGAGUGGAUAGGGCUAUUCCUGAACGACAUAAAAACCCAGCAAGAAUCCCUCGUCUUUGUCAAGAGGAUGGUGGCUGUGGCAGUCUCCUCCAUCACCUAUCUCAGAGGGAUUUUCCCGGAGGACGCCUACAUAUCCAGAUAUCUGGAGGAUUUGUGCAUCAAGGUUUUGCGGGAAGACUGCACCACCCCCGGUGCCAGAAAAAUUGUGAAAUGGAUAAUGGGCUGCUUUGAUGCAUUAGAGAAGGAGUAUCUCCAGCUCAUGUUCAUUGGGGUCUACACCAAGCCAGAUGAGCCUAAUUCCAUUAUUGAAUCUUACCAGUUUAAAUUCAGAUACACUGAGAGGAGACCACAGAUGGACAUAGCCAGGAACAACAAUGUGGAGAUGCAGGUGACACUGGAGGACACAAAGAAAGCAUCUGUGCUGCUCAUCAGGAAGCUCUUCCUGCUUAUGCAAAACAUGGCUGUCCUUCCCAGCACUGUCUGCCUCACUGUAAAGCUUUACUAUUAUGAUGACAUCACCCCUGCUGACUACCAACCACCAGGCUUCAAGGAGGGUGAAUGUGACAGCCUGCUGUUUGAAGGGACACCUGUGCACUUCAGGGUGGGUGAGGUGAAUACAGCCUUUCACACCUUAAAGGUUUGCGUGUCGGCCGAAGAAGGCCGACUGGAGAAGCUCCAGGAAGGGAAACAUCUGAGGGAGACCAAGCAAGUUUCUGAGAGAAACUCUCCACAGGGGGAUGCAAUCAAGGAUCCUCGUAAGAAAAUAUAUGACGAAGAUGACUUGCCUUCUGAAGAUGAGUCCGCACAGUUCAAGAAACCUACAAGACCUUUGGCAAAGAGACGUGCAGCUGCCAAAAGCCUGGCAAGGAAGAAAAGAAGAAUUUAGCCAACAAGACAAGUGCUCUGUCAGCAUUACAGACACAAGCAUGAAUAAAUUCUUCCCUUUAUUGUACUAUUUACAAACACUGUUAGUGUUAUGUAACAAUUUAUGACACGUUAGGAAGGUUCCUUGAAUAAUUCACUCUACCCACAAAUGCAAACUUUUGCUGUUAAACGAUACUGUACAAAAAGUGAACAUGAAGGGUAUAUUAUAGACAAAUAAAAGAUUGAAAAGUG